UGUUGAUAUGGCACUAGACGCAGUUGAGUGUUGCGGUCUUCUACGGUGGUUAAUGGACCACACAGACCCGAGGGAUAUGACUAUCAGGGCAGGACCCGGCAAAGAGCUGAAGAUAACAAAAGAGGUGGUGAAGCUCGUACUUGGUAUUCCCAGUUCCGGUGGGUCCAUUCCAACCUUUGGAUGGGCACAACGUAAACAAGUAGCAUCCAACUUCCGAGCUUCCAUUGGGAUUGGCAAUCGACCCAUCAAAGUUGAGUUCCUCCGCCAACGGGUUGCUGCCGGUGGUGUAGACCAACUAACGUUGAGAUGCUUUUUUCUUAUCGUCAUGAACCGGCUGCUGUUCCCCUCUGCCAGCUGGAACAUCACAAACUCAGACAUUGUGAUGACAGAGCAUAUGGACCGCAUGGCCCAAAUCGACUGGUGCCAAUUGGUUUACAACCACCUUUGUGACUCCGUGCAGAAAUGGCACCAAGAGAAGCCCAAAGCUGCAACCCGGACCAUCUAUGGUUGCUCCGUCGUCAUCCUUAUAUAUUAUCUUGACAACCUCGACCACCGCAGCUGUCCGACCGACCGUCACGGCGUCCCUCGCAUAAGGCAUUUCCACAGGGAGGUUAUAUUUCAACUUGCGAAGGCAGAUAAAAACAAGCAUUGCGGCAGCCCCACCACUUACGGCAACUGCCAUUUCCGCAGCUGUACCAAUACUUGCUACUUUUAUGGUCCUAAAGAGUCCAAUGGUUCCUCUGAUUUCUCAGUCCACAUACCUCGCCUCGACACGUUGCUCUCCGAGAAGAUCGAACUCCUCCCUGCCCGCCGCCGCAACAAAUUUACCAAGGCUCUUGAGAAGCAUGACAAAGAGAUAGACAAGUUCUGCCUGUUUGUCAAAAAAGCAACCAACAACUUAGCACAAGAGCAGCGCAAUUUAGCUGCCACCUUUGCUGAAUUAAUUGAUGACGUCCUGUGCGCUGAGUCCCCUGACGAGUCACACGAAGAUGCUCCAGUCAGCAAUGAUGAGGAUGACAUGGACAGUCAGCAUCAAACACAUGCAUAUAGCCAGUCUGAAGAGUAUGAAGGCAAUGGAACAGGCUCCUCCGGUGAUGAUUCACCAACAGGAUCCCUUUCGCCCCUCCCUACACAGCUCCCACCCGCUUCCCAGUUGACUGAAUCACAAGCCAAACACUUCAAUGACAAAUUUUAUUGGAUGCAGCAACAGCAGAUGCCCGAUAAAAGUCAUAAAUCCCCUCCACACACAGGGAAGGAUAUGCCAAACAUUGAUUCUGUUCACGUUGAACCACCUACCUCCAAUUUCCCUCAUACUGCACCUCCCCAGCCGCAUCCAGUUCCUGAUGCCAAUUUCUGCAUUACUGACCUACCGGACGUCAUACAAACAUCGCAGUCAAUCCACCAGAAAGCCCGCGUGUGCGAUACGCCGCCACUGUUUGAUAAGACUCCUCAAGACAAGAGAUUACAAGACCAGACCACACAGGUUGAGCCAUCAUCAAAGAGUUAUACACCAAAGCCAGGCUUUGACACCACGUUUCAACACCUUGUGUCAUGGUUUUCUCCCUCAGCCCAUAACACCAAGACUUGA